GCUGGCAGUGUGACUACUCCGUUUCUUCCUCCACGUAAACGACGUCGUUUCCCCUUUGCUUCCGAAACCACUUUGGUUCGCACCUCUCUGCUGCCAAAAGACGCCGGUUAAGUUUAUCCGAUUAUGCUUCUCCGAGGAUAAAAACGACACCGUUCUCUCCUUUGAAUCGGAGCCAGACGCCGUAGAUCAAUCACUGUGGCUGCAACGGUUCAUCAGGAAAGAAAACUUAUUGGCCGUUCCCUCUCUUAUACACUUGGGAUCGAAUUUCAUCUCCCUCAAUUUGUGUAGGUAGUUUACAGAUUUAGGCCACUGUUUGUAGCAAAUAACAUGCAAUGGCUUGUCAAGGAGUCUGGUCGCUCUUGCAUUUAUGUGUGAACACUGCGCUUGUCAAGAACUCCUAUUCCUCUUCGAAGGAUCGUUGGCCGCGUACUUUGAAUAAACACUAUGCACUUCCUGAAAUUGAGACUUCUGAAUUCCAUUCAUAGAUGCAAAACUAUCAGGUCCCUGAAGCAAAUCCAUGCACAUUUAAUAGCUUCGAGUCUCCUCCAUGACGAAUUUGUACUCAGCAAAGUAUCCGAGUUCUUCGGAAAACAUAUUGGGUUUGUUGACUAUGCUUUUGAUUUUUUGAAUCAAACUGAUCUCCAUGUGGGCACAUUACCAUAUAACACCUUGAUCGCUGCCUAUGCUAGCAGUUGUACUCCCAAAGCGGCAUUUUUGGUCUAUGGAAGGAUAGUGGGAAAUGGGUUUGUGCCAGAUAUGUAUACUUUUCCAGUGGUGCUGAAAGCUUGUACCAAGUUUCUGGGUGUUCAAGAGGGUGAACAGGUUCAUGGGGUGGCGGUAAAGAUGGGUUUUUCGUGUGAUCUUUACAUACAAAACUCGCUCCUGCAUUUUUAUAGUGUUUGUGGCAAAUGGGGUGGCGCUGGUAGAGUGUUUGAUGAAAUGCUUGUGAGAGAUGUUGUGUCUUGGACUGGCUUGAUAUCGGGGUAUGUGAGGACUGGGUUAUUUGAUGGGGCUAUAAAUUUGUUUUUGAAGAUGGAUGUGGUGCCAAAUGUGGCGACUUUUGUUAGUGUGCUUGUGGCUUGUGGAAGAAUGGGGUAUUUGAGUAUGGGGAAGGGGGUUCAUGGUUUAGUUUAUAAGCGUGCAUUUGGGAUAGGUUUAGUGGUGGGCAAUGCUCUUAUGGAUAUGUAUGUGAAGUGUGAGUGCUUGUGUGAGGCCAGGAAGCUUUUUGAUGAGCUUCCUGACAGAGAUAUUGUUUCUUGGACUAGUAUCAUAAGUGGGUUGGUGCAAUGCAAGCAACCAAAGGAUUCAUUGGAGUUGUUUCAUGACAUGCAAAUUUCAGGUGUGGAACCAGACAGGAUUAUCCUUACUAGUGUUCUCUCAGCCUGUGCAAGCCUUGGGGCUCUUGAUUAUGGCAGAUGGGUCCAGGAGUACAUUGAACGCCAGGGAAUUGAAUGGGAUAUUCAUAUUGGAACUGCCUUGGUUGACAUGUAUGCAAAGUGUGGUUGUAUAGAAAUGGCAUUGCACAUAUUUAAUGGAAUACCUAACAGGAAUAUUUUCACAUGGAAUGCAUUACUAGGCGGUUUAGCAAUGCAUGGACAUGGUCAUGAGGCUCUCAAACAUUUUGAGCUAAUGAUUGGAGCCGGGAUAAGGCCCAAUGAGGUGACCUUUCUAGCCAUUUUGACAGCUUGCUGCCAUUCUGGCUUAGUUGCUGAAGGCCGCAGUUACUUUUAUCAGAUGAUAAGUCAGCCCUUUAAUUUUUCUCCGAGAUUAGAACAUUAUGGAUGCAUGAUUGAUCUGCUGUGUAGAGCUGGACUUCUAGAUGAAGCUUAUAAGUUCAUUAGGAAUAUGCCGUUGCCGCCUGAUGUGCUCAUAUGGGGAGCUCUUCUUAGUGCUUGCAAGGCAAAUGGAAAUGUUGAACUCUCCCAAGAAAUUUUGAGCCAUCUUCUUGAGCUUAAGUCACAAGAUAGUGGGGUUUAUGUUCUUCUGUCCAACAUGUAUGCUACUAAUGAAAGGUGGGAUGAUGUAACAAGGGUAAGGAGAUUGAUGAAGGACAAAGGGAUAAGAAAGUUCCCUGGGUCAAGUGUUAUAGAGGUGGAUGGUGAGGCUCAUGAGUUUCUAGUUGGAGAUACUAGCCACUCUCGAAAUGAGGACAUUCAUAUACUGUUAAAUAUUCUUGCUAAUCAAGUCUAUUUAGAAGGACAUUUUUCAACCUGUUAAGAUGAGUAUAAAUUCUCUGCUGAAUUUAAAGCUUCCUUUUUAUCAUAUAUAUAUAUAUAUAUAUAUAUAUAUUAUGUACAUGGGUGUGAAUCUGUUCAUCAGAUUUUGAACAUUUUGAUCACAUGGAUAAUAAUUCCUUUAUAGGUGAGUUAGAUAACUUAAGCGGUCUUGCAUGAGUUAUACCUGUUGUAUUGACUACUAGAUCAAGUAUGCUCUUUAUAGAAAAUGAAGAUAUCAUACAUGGAUGUGGGAACUUCUGGACCUAUGAAAUACUUGGAAGGACCAAUUUUCUUAUAGGCACCAACCAUGUAACAUCUACAUCUAGAAUUCAAAUAUUGUAUAUGCCUUCAGUUUGAUCCUAACUAACCAUAGUAACAAACUUGCAACAUGUAUAUGUUUUUCAAAAAAGUCUUGUUGUCCUUGAUGCUACUUCACCUCAAUUGUUAUUUGAAUGAGUAAAAGUUAUGCCUUGGUUUGAGUGGAGAUUGCAUGUAUAAGUGAAAUAAAUUCGGUUUGAGUGGGGAUAGUAUGUAUCGGUGAAAUAAAACAUCUUAUGAAUUUGCAGUAAAAGGAUUGAAUCUCAUUUCCUAUCUACAAAAGUUAAGUGGAAAUAAAACAUAAGCAUUAGAGACUGUGUAUCCCAAGAUUGAUAGAUUAGGCAUUAAUCAUGACUUGAAGAAGGUCCAAAUGACCAAAUGCCUCAUAUAUCUUCUCAUUAUUUCCUAUGGUGAUAAUGACAUCCACAUAAACUAAAAAUGGUGGUCCUAUUGGUACUGUUAGGAAAAAGAAUGAUCAACAUGGGUCCUUCAAUUAGUGGAGACAGUAUGCGUUGUACCAAUAAUACAGAGAUGUUUCAAGUGUAACAAGUAUUCUAUAAUUUUUUCAAACUUUGGUUCUCUCCUCUUGAGGAUCGACUUUUUUGGCUACAUCACAUGGGCUUGUUCUUUGAGGUCUCGACAAAUAAAUUAAAAUUGAUAUCUAUUGGAUGGGGACCAUGGAAUGAUGUGUGGCAACAAGUUUGACAACCCUAAUUUACCAAGUUCAGAUGUUGUGCCAGAGGUAUUUAGGCAAGUAGUAUUUUUUUUUUUUUUUUCAUAAGUUGGAAUCAUGAUCUCUUUUUUUUCUUUUUGGUUUUUUGUUUUUUGUAUUUUUUUGGUGGGUAAAAUAAGUUUAACCCAAUAUUGUUCAAUGAGAUGAAUCCUCAUUUCUGAUGUCUUUACAACUAGUCUAAAAAUAGCCAAAGAACCAUUUUCUCUUGGAGAACUUUCUUGUUAUAAAUUGCAGAUUGACCAUUUGCUCUUUUUAUUUAAUUUUUGUUGGGUCUUUACAUGGCAAGUAUCUCCUUAUACAUAGGGUGAGUUGUUAAUAUUAGUAGCUUACGAGUCACUUUCAUAUCUUUUAAUCUCUUAUUUGGUUUUCAUGAGUGUGGAGCUCCCAUUUUUCCCUCCCCUCAUUUUUUUUCCUGAGUAACUAUAUGAUGUCAAUAGAACAGUUUAUGGAGACACAUGAAUCAGUUUUUUUACUUUGGCUGAAACAUUUGCAUUGCCUGUUCAUGGAUAGUCUGUUUGAGUUUCAAGUUGCUUACUUAGUAGCAAUAUCUUCCAUUGAUACCUUUUAAUUUCACAGUAGAACCUCUCGGGCUUUAUCUGCCUGUGGAUGCAGUCAUAUCCUUGUAUCAUGCAUAAGUUCUUCUAUUUGAAUACAUGUUUCUUCAUUUGUUAUUUCUGUUUUUGUGCUUAUGGACUAAAGCUCCCAUUUCUGCAUGGUAUAGUAGUAUUGAUAGUGGGAUAGGAGGUGAACUGCAAGGACAGUGAUGUAUCAAGCCUGGGAGAGUGGACUCUUAGAGUGUGUGGCAGUGGUCUCUAGUUAGGGAAGGAACACCAAAGAGCUCUUGAGAGGGACUCUUGGAGAUCCUAAACCAAAAGCGCUCUUAAUCCUUUUUUUUAUUGUGGUAUUGAUAAAUGAACCUUUAGACGCUUUGUAUACAGACCCAAGGUUGAAACUUAUUGGUUGGUGAGGCCCAACCAAUGAGAAGCCUCCACAUUCUCGUAUCAACCAACUCUUGUACUAAUAUUAUGCUUACGGUGCCUCAUGCAUUGGAUGGUAGUGGGUCUAUGGCAACAUUUUCCCUCUCAAUCUGAUUGAAAUGGGUUUGAUGCAUGUACAAUCUAACUUGUUUCGAUUAGUCUCCAACUUCAUGCAUCAAACCAAGGUCCUUAACAUGUCUUAAAAACUUAAUGGUGGGAGGGCAAGCCCACCCCUAGGGUGCACUAAGUCGAUGUAGAACCUCCCUACUUGUGAAUCGAGUGAACAUAAUAGCAUUAAGAUGCCAUGCCGUAAUUGGGGUGUUUUAGAAGGUGUAUGAGACCAAAUGGAAAGGUCAUAGGAUGAUACAAACUUGAAGAAGGUGUACCCCGCCCUUCAUCAAAUGAGAAGAGUGUAUCAAUACCACCCAUUGUGAGCAUCGUACUCAUGCCAAGCAUGCCUUCUAGGUAACACAAGGCGUAUUAGUACGUGUAUGCAAUGAUGCAAGAUGUGUGAUAAUGUGAGUGGAGAAUCAUCUGAUACACAUGGUAGCGCAUUAUUGGCGAUCCAACAUGUCACAUUGGAAUAUGUGGCAGGGGUGUGUAGGUUCGCACAGAGUGCACAAAAUUGGGCAUAAACAAAUAGGAAAUACUAGCCUAACAAAGACCUUCUAGAAAGUUGUUGAUUUUGUCCUGUACUUGGUUUUUCUUUUUUUUCCUCAAAGAUUGUGUGGCUUUACCACCAAUCUCAAUGUUCCUUUUUCAUAGUCUACAUUUCAAUUUGACAAAGAUUAUGGAAAUUUUCCUUCCACAACUUGUUGUAAUAGCAUGGAAAGACCAGAGGACCGUUUUGGUUACGUAAUUGGAACUGGUUCAUGAAUUUCCAAUUCAAAGAAGUGGAUCUUAGGUUGCAUACAUAUAGAAUUUUAAUCCCUCAAUUGGGAUGAGUCAUUAAAAUUCCAUUAUUCUUUGAACUAAUUAAAUUUUAAAUCAUGCUUUACUAUAAAAUUAGAAUUCUUAGGUUGACAAAUUGAUUAUGGUAGUGAGGUGGUUGGUUGCAAGCGCAGCAUAGAAGUGCUAGUGAUAGUUGAAGAUGCAUAUUGAGAACAAUGAUAUGGUAAUGUGGUGCUGAUGUUAGUAGUGAUGGUGAGUCAAUGGCAAUGAGUUGGAGACUGCAGGGGCUGCAGGAGUAAUACUAAUGAAGCCGUGAUGGCAACCUAGGCCAGUUGAAGAGGUUGUGGAGAAGGGGGUGUUGAAAGUGACAAUUGGUAGUGGUGAUGAUGAUGGCAGUGACAGUGGGUGGUGGUGUUGGUCAUCCUGAAUUCUUGUUGGUACAAUUUGCAAGUCGCUUGAGAUUUUUUCCUCUCAUUUUACAACUAAGAUCCAAUUUUUGGGUUUAGGGUGGAAUUCCAAUUCAGAUUUGAGUUUUUGCAGCCUAAACACUAGGAUUGGAAUUGAUGGCUCCAAAUUGGAUUCCUCUGCCUAGUUCCACUUCCAAUUCCUUGACAAAUGCACUCUUGGUGCUAAAAUGAAGUCUUAUGAAUCCAUGAUGGCCAUAGACCUAGACCAUAAAGCCUUGAAUUUUUUAAUAUGUUUGUUCCUGAUGCCGGUACCAUCAAAUGGAUCUGUAAAGAUCAGGGAUAAAAUUUGAUGGGUGAAAAAAGAGAAAGGGAAAUUGAUGCUUGAAAUGAUUAGAUGGCUCGAGAUAGACUAGAACAAGGAAAAAGAAUUCACAGUGUGUACCCCAUCCAAUUGGGAAAAAAAUAUGGAUAAUGAUGAAUCCUGGUUAUUUUUUAUUGCUAGGUUUUCUGUUGCUUUCUCAGUGUUCCACUAUGGGCUUAUUGUUGACUCACAUUUCUUUAUUUUCAUAUUGAUGCCCCAUGCCCAAUUUUGUUGCAUGCUAGAAAUCAACCAGUCUUCCAUCAGCAAAAAUAUGUUGAUAGCUUUAGUGGGACAGAUAUUUCUGUUUUUGAGUAUUGGAUUAUUGUUUUGUCUUUCCUCUUUUUUCAUGUGAUCAUUGUUGUCUUAAUGUUCUCAUGCAGUGGAGGAUUUGGGCUCCUCUUCAUUCAGUUAAGAUAAUUAAUGUCGAUGCUGAUACACAAGCCAGAGAAGAAAAGGUGGAGUUGUUGAUAAGAUUCUCUCUCACUAGAGCUGUUUCUCAUGCACUCCACGGAAUGUAGGCUUUUCAUCUACCAGUCUUCUUCAAACAAUCCUCGACUGGCCUUAAUGAUGUGUGGGUCUACUCGAUUGAUUACAGAACCAAUGCUUGUGAUAUUUCCUCCUUUUAGUAAACCUUUUGUUAUUUAAUCUCUUUUUGCAGAUAUUGAUUGUUAUUUAUUAAGACCUUGUCUUUCUACCUGGCACAUACAAUUUAACCAGCUACCCAUCUGGGGAGAAAGGACUAACUUUCUGAUUCCAGUGCUGAUUCCUGACCACCAUAUUGUAGCAGCGACUUCAGAUUCACUGACUUAUAUGAUAUACCGAAUAAGGGGAUAUUCGAACUCUGGGGAGAUGGUAAAUUUGAUGGAGAAGAAGUAGAGGCAAUUGUAGUUGGUGAAGAGGACUUAAUUUGUAUCUGGCAAUGGGAAAAGAGACCGAUGCCAAUAUAGUCAAGGCAGAUGUGGUUGGAGAGAAGAAGAUGAUAGUACUCCUGGGCUCGGAUUCGGUCAGCUUGAUCAGUCUCGGAGUACUGAGGGUAAGCUUCCUCAAACAGAGUGAAGGCUUCUUGCAAGGAAGGGAGAGACUCGUGAUUGGUGAAUUGUGUAUUGGGGAAGAAACAAGCAGCAGUAGUUGCAGCAAAGUCGCGGCGACAAUCCGCAGCAGUGCUUCUGGAGCUGGGGACUUUCUUCUGGGGUUCAGGCAAGGGGACAGGUCUCGGACAGCAGCCAUGAAGGCAUACCCGUGUGGCAUCUCCACUGCAAAGCGAGUGCAUUGCUCUGCCCCUUCUCUCCCUCCUCCCUCCGUCUUUCACACAACAAAAGAGGACUUUUUAGCCUCUGAUAUUUUCUCCUACCUUUUUGAUUCAUAGUUUAUAGAAGGGAUUUCCCUUGUAUGAACAGAUUGAAUAGGUCAAAGUUCAAACACAGCUAGUCUUGUUUUACAAGCUUU